AUGUCAACUCCCUGGGUUUCAUCUUGUGCUAGUACCACCACUAGUAAUCAUAUACGUCGGUCUGUUUCUAAAUUUAGUUUUGAAACUUCAACGAAUCCCGCAUCUGAUUUUAUCAAUACAGAAAAUAUCAAAAAUUCUACACCUGCCAGAUUUUCAAAUGACAUUAUGCAGAGCUUCCAACUAAAUUCAACUGGAAGGGCGACAACUCAUGCGUCAAAUGGUCAACUAGAUACGCGACCAAGUGCUAAUACUAACCCCCAUGAGCAACAACAACAAGAGGUACCGUCAUUCUCUUCAUCGCACCGUCGUCAAUAUAGUUUUGAGUACUCCCAACUGGAAUUGGAUGAGUCCAUGAAAAACCCAAAUAUCGCAUUAUCACCACAACCCAAUGGGGCUACUACGACGACGCCAUCCAAAGGGCAACAAAGAAGAGCCAAUUUCGAUCAAAUUAACCUGGCAGCAAUAUCGCCUCCACAGCAACAACAGCUCCUGAACCUACAUUCAUUUCAACAGCCUCCUAGUAGUGCGCUCUCUCAUGGGUACAAUUCUUCUAUCUCGUCAGUGUCAUCCACUGGUUCAGUCCCUUCUUCACCAGGAUUGAUUAACUAUUCACCAAAACAUUCAAGAAUAGCAAAUUCUUUCAAUAUGCACAAGAAUAUGAAAAAUUUGUCACUAAAUCUAAAUGAUUCGAAUGGAUCUUCCAAUACCCUGAAUCAUGCUACUCUUGCGGCAAAGAGACUGAAACUAUCAGACACAACGACUACAACUACAACAACCACAUCUUCAUCGAAUAAACUGCAAGUCCUUAAUUUUGCCCAGCCAUUGUUACACAACAGCACGAUAUACUCGGAGGAUGCAUUACAAACACCUUCAGUUACGCAUACCCCUACAUUGCCACCACAAAACCCUAAACAACAGCAACAACAACAACAAUUGCACGGAGGAUCAGAAAUGGAUACCCAUAGUAUCACAGCUGCUGCUCCUAAUAAGCCGUACAAGUUUCCACUGGAAAUCACUGGCCUGCAACGGGGAUUCGACGCAAUGUCAAUCGAAAACGGCUCGAAUGAUUUGUUCAAUGAACGUAUACAACCACCGAUGCCACCACCAUUUGCUCCAAAUUCCAAGGGAUCACCAUUGUCAACUCCACCUAGAUUGCAGAGCCCCAUGGGGUUGGAUAAGCAACAAAAACAACAGCAGCAACAACAACAGCAGCAACAACAACAGCAGCCACAUCAUUCUCCAACAAAGUUACUGCGCAAUAUCAAGAAAAUGUCAAUUGAAUCCCCGUUGGAAACCAAUUUCAGUAAACCUGAGAUCAACUCAUUUGUUCAUUCAAGUACUCCACAAAGCAUAACCUACAGUUCAAAGAAAUUUAGUGUUCCUGAGGAACUUCAAGAAACAACGGGAAUAAAUGCUUAUCCCAAUGGCCCUAGAAACGUUCUCAAUAGUAGAAUUUUCCUUUACUCGGAUCCAUUGGACAAAAUUGACAUUAAUCAAUACAAUUUGGUAAUUAAUGUUGCUAAAGAGUGUACUAAUUUAUCGUCUCAUUUUCAAAACCAACAGCCAAAUGUUCGUGAAUACCUUCACUUUCCCUGGUCUCAUGCAUCUGCCAUUUCCAAAGACUUGAUGGAAUUGACUCAUAAAAUAGAUUGGUUUUACCAGCAAGGUAUGAAAGUACUUGUUCAUUGUCAAUGUGGAGUCAGUCGAAGUGCUUGUGUGGUUGUUGCUUUUUAUAUGAUGAAGUUUGGCAUUGGGGUUAAUGCCGCUUAUGAAAUGUUAAAAAACGGAAAUCUAUCAAGCAUCGAGUCUCGGAAUAUUGGCAACAUCACCGUGGACAAAUGUGAACGAAUUUGUCCUAAUAUGAGUUUGAUUUUCGAAUUGAUGGAGUUUGGUGAUAAGUUGAACAAAUCUGAGUUUAGCACACUGCAAUUGUUGGCUGGCUCACCUACUCAAAUGAGCUUGUGA